CUCUCUUCUUUUGAGUCGUCUUCUACUUUAGCCCUGCACUACAACUAUAAAUACGACGUGUUUAUAAGUUUCAGAGGCGAGGACACUCGCCAUAGCUUCGCCGCCCAUUUACACAGAGAUCUAAUUGGAAAUGGGAUCUCCGUCUUCAAGGACGAUGAAGAGCUUCAUAGGGGGAAAGAGAUAUCUCCAGGACUCCUCCAAGCAAUCGAGGACUCGAGGUUGUCCAUCGUCAUUUUCUCAAACAAGUAUGCCACUUCAAGUUGGUGUUUGGAUGAACUUGUACACAUCCUUGAAUGCAGUAGGAAACCCGGAAAAUCCAUUAUUCCAAUCUUCUAUGACGUCGAUCCGACCGUCGUUCGACAUCAAUCAGGCAAUUAUGCAGCAGCCUUUGCUGAACUCGAAAGGAAGUACCCGGCAGAGAAGGUUACAAAGUGGAGAUUUGGGCUAAGUGCAGUCGCCAAUAUCUCAGGCUGGCAUCUAAAUUAUGGAAAUGAGGUAGAAUUUAUUCAAAAAAUUGUUCAAGACGCAUCUGGUAAAUUGACGGGAACAUUUGAAGGUUUCACCGGUGAAAUAAACAAUCAAUUCCAGUUGGAUGGAAGUACAGAUCCUAGUUCGGACGACGAUGAACUUGUGAACGAUGUUGGCCUUGAAUACGAUGUCUUCUUAAGUUUCGAUACUGGUGAUGACACUGUUAUGAACUUCACCAAUUAUCUUUACAAAACUCUCCGCAGAAAAAGAAUUCUCACCUUCAAGCUGGAGAAUGAAGAUCAAUGUGAUAAGGGGAAAGAUGUCCCGCCAAAACUCCUGCAAGCAAUGAAAAACUCAAGGCUCUUCAUUAUCAUUUUGUCUACGAACUAUGUUGCUUCAAGUAGGUGCUUGGAUCAACUUGUCCAUAUUCUUGAAUGCGGGGGCACAUCCGUAACUAGAAAAGUUUUCCCUAUCUUUUAUAAUGUGGAUUCCUCUAUGUUUCAACGUCAAAUCAACAGUUAUGAAAAAGCCUUUGCUAAGCACAACCCUGAAAAAGUUGAAAGAUGGAGAUCUUCAUUAGCUGAAGUGUGCAAUCUCCCAGAAAAGUGGGAUCUGAAUAAUGGGCAUGAGAAAGAAUUUAUUACCGACAUUGUUGGUAAGAUAACUCGCAAAUUGACUAAGGGGCCAAAAAUUCCUAAAGGGAAGUUUGUUGGAAUAGAUUCUCGAGUGCAGGAAUUAUUAUCCAUUUUGGAUACAAGUGUGAAGGAUGUUCGCAUUAUAGGGAUAUGGGGGAUGCCUGGAGUAGGCAAGACAACUGUUGCCCGUUUCAUUUAUGAGAAGAUUUAUGAUCAAUAUGAGGCUUGCUGCUUUCUUGCCAAUGUAAGAGAAUUGUCUAAAAGAUCUUAUUUGGAUUAUCUACAAAAAGAACUAGUCGAAAAAAUAACCAAAAUAAUCAUAAAUGAUCUACAGCAUGGAAAACAGAGUAGCCAGCAUUUUUGUAAAGUAAAGUGCCUUAUUGUCUUAGAUGAUGUAAAUGAGUUAGAGCAAUUAGAUUUAUUGAAUGGAAAAGCUGAUUGGGUUGGAGUUGGGAGCAGAAUUAUCAUAACAACCAGAGAUGCACAUUUGCUUAAUCCAAAAAGAGUGAACAAAAUCUACACGUGUAAAGGAUUAAAUCUGGCUGAAGCUAUGCAGCUUCUUAAAUUUCAUGCUUUUAGACCAAAGCAGCCUUUUGAUGGCUAUGAGAUGAUCUGCAACCGUUUUUUGGAGUAUGCUAAUGGCAAUCCAUUAACCCUCAAAGUUUUAGGAAGUCUCUUACAUGGUAAACACAUCAUGGAAUGGGAGGAUGCUUUACAUAGGAUAUAUGAAUAUCCAAACAGAGAUAUACUCAGUGUACUUCGUAGCAGUUAUGAUUCACUAGCUGAGAUAUUGAAAGAAACGUUCUUGGAUAUUGCGUGCUUUUUUAAUGGCAAGAAAGUAGAUCGUGUUCUGGAAGUACUAGAUUGUUGUGGCUUUCCCGCCAAAAUUGGGAUGGCAAUCCUCAUCGAAAAGUCUCUUGUAACCGUUUCAAACAACAUCUUAUGUUUGCCUGUAUGGGUACAACAACUUGGCCAGCAAAUUGUUUGCGAAGAAAGCCCUAGUAAGCCUGGUGAACAGAGCAGGUUGUGGGAACAUGAAGACAUCGACAGGGUAAUGACAAAUAAUUGGGGAACAAAAAAAAUUGAAGCAAUGGUCCUGGAGCAACCUCAAGCAAUGGUCCUGGAGCAACCUCAACUACAAUGCACCUGGUGGAAGCCCCAAGCUUUUGCACGGAUGUAUAAUCUCAGAUUGCUUAGUAUUCGUUGCAAUGUGAACCUCCCCAAAGGCUUGGAUUGCCUUCCUAACAAUCUAAGAUUCUUAAAGUGGAGGGAAUAUCCAUUUAAAUCUUUGCCAUCAAAUUUCUAUCCAUCUGAACUGGUUGAACUUAACAUGUCCCAUGGCCAAAUUGAACGACUCUGGAGAAAAAAAAAGGUUUUCAGUGAUUUGAAGCUCAUCAGACUGAGUCACUCCCAAAACUUGAUAAAGACUCCAAACUUUGGAUGGUUUCCGAAUCUGGAUAGAUUAGUUCUUGAAGGGUGUAGAAACUUAGUUGAGGUUCACCCUUCCAUUGGAAUUCUCACAAAACUUCGUUUAUUGAAUUUGAAAGAUUGCUCAAGUCUUAGGAGUCUCCCAGAUUUCAUUUCAAUGGAAUCUCUUGAAAUUUGUGUUCUUUCAGGCUGCUCAAGUCUCGAAAAAAUUCCAUAUGUGGUUGGAAAUAUGGGAAACUUGUCACAAUUUUAUUUGGAUGGGUGUGGAACAACAACCAAAAACCAAUCCAAAACAAUAUUCCAAUAUCUUGGUGACCCUCUAUUCAAUUCUAGAAAUCGGAAUAAUCUUGAGUGUUUACUUUCCAACAUCCCAAAUGUAACAAAACUAUGUUUGAGAAACUGUGACUUACUAGAAGGAGCUAUUCCUAGGGAAAUCAACUGCUUAACUUCAUUGCAGGUAUUAGAUGUAGGCAGAAACAAGUUUAUCAGCCUACCUGAUAGCAUUAGCCAGCUUGCUAAGCUAAAAUUUCUUGGAUUGGCACACUGCAAUCUUCUUCAAACUAUGCCAGCACUUCCUCCCAGUAUAGAAUAUGUAGAGGCAAGAGAUUGUUCUUCACUUGUGACUCUGUCAAAUGCAUUCAAGGAAAUAACUUGCACAGAUUUGGCGCUCAGUUUCAUUAAUUGCUACAAGCUGAAACAGAAUCAAGACAUCAAAAGUUUGAUGGUGACACUGUUGAAAGCAUACCUCCAGUCAUUGCUGAAAAUCCAGAAUCAGGAACUCUCACAUCUAGUUGGCCAUUUUGAUAUUGUUAUUCCUGGAUCUGCAGUUCCGGAGUGGUUCAGGCAUCAAAACAUGGGACCUUUAGUCAGAAUAAAAUUGCCUAAAAAGUGGAGAAAUAAUAAUUGGAUUGGGUUUGUUUUCUGUGUUGUUUUUGAUGUCUAUGAGAAUGCUCCUGUUGUCAAAGAUCAUGACCACCUGAAAUCAGAAAACUCUCAAGAGAUCACUUGUCAAUUGUACACCAAGGAAGGUCCUAUAAGCACUGGUUUUGGCUUUAACAUCUCAAGGGGCACUCUCAUUGAGUCAAGUCACCUUUGGGUACGCUAUAUAUCAAAUGGAAGCUUCAGAGAAAGAAUGGCUAUGUGGAAUAGAACUAGUUACAUUGAAGCUUCAUUUGGAACAGGAAGCCAAUACUUGGGUUUCGUGUUGUAUACAAGCAAGACGUGGAAGAGACAGAGAAUAGAAAAUUCCAAUGUUGAUGAGCUUGCCAGAGGAGCUGUGUAG